CAAUUCAAACUUCAAAAAUCUAAUAAAAACCCUAUGUGACCGUUCGAGAUUCCACUGUUCUCUGCUUUUUCUCUUCAUACAAUUCUUCUUUCUCUCGCUUCUUCCAACCCGUCGAUCUGCAAAACGUCGUCGUUUUUUUUUUUUUCGUUCGGGUCCGAUCGCAUUGCUCUCGGAUCACAUAGCGCAGGCCUUCUUCAACCUCUCAAUAAGGAAAAAACUGAACUCAAUUCUGACAAGAUGGAUGAGAAUGAUGUUUCCACGGAAAUCCAAGAGAUUUCUUUGGAUCAGGAGCAGAGACUUCCAGUUUCUCAGAAAAUUGAUGAUUUAAGCACCAAGAUUCAGAAUUUGAAGGGGGAGCACAUAAUUCUAUGUAAUGAAGUUAAGAGCAUGAAUACUGAUUCCUUUCCUGGCCCCGAGGUUUCCAAUGCUCUUCAGCUUCUCGGUAUAGAACAUGAAAAUUUGAAGAAGAAAUAUACGGAAGACAGUCAGCUUCUGAAGAAGAAGUACCUAGAAGAAUGCUUGGAACGGAAGCGGCUGUACAACGAAGUGAUUGAACUCAAAGGCAACAUCAGGGUCUUCUGCAGAUGUAGACCCUUAAAUCAGGAUGAAAUUGCAAAUGGAUCCACUUCUAUAGUUGACUUUGACUCAUCUCAAGAGAAUGAGCUUCAAAUCAUUUGCUCUGAUUCUUCGAAAAAGCAAUUUAAGUUUGACCAUGUGUUUAGGCCUGAGAGUGACCAAGAGGCUGUUUUUGCACAAACUUCACCAAUUGUGACUUCGGUGUUGGAUGGGUACAAUGUUUGUAUAUUUGCCUAUGGACAGACUGGAACUGGAAAGACCUUUACAAUGGAAGGAACUCCUGAACAUAGGGGAGUCAACUACAGGACUUUGGAGGAGUUGUUUCGAAUUUCAAAGCAGAGAAGCAACAUAAUGAACUAUGAAUUGUUUGUUAGCAUGCUGGAGGUUUACAAUGAGAAGAUAAGGGACCUUUUGGUAGAAAACUCCAACCAGCCUGCUAAGAAGUUGGAGAUCAAACAAGCAGCUGAGGGAACCCAAGAAGUCCCAGGACUAGUUGAAGCUCGCGUUUAUGGCACAAAUGAAGUGUGGGAACUGCUUAAAUCUGGAAGCCGAAUUAGGUCUGUUGGAUCGACUAAUGCCAAUGAGCUCAGCAGCCGCUCUCACUGCUUGUUGAGAGUGACUGUUAAGGGGGAGAAUUUAGUGAAUGGGGAGAAGACAAGAAGCCACCUCUGGCUAGUGGACUUGGCUGGAAGUGAGCGGGUGGGCAGGAUUGAAGUUGAAGGUGAAAGGUUGAAGGAAUCUCAAUUUAUAAAUAAAUCGCUCUCAGCACUUGGCGAUGUCAUCUCUGCCCUUGCUUCUAAAACAGCCCACAUUCCUUACAGGAACUCCAAGCUCACUCAUAUGCUACAGAGCUCUCUAGGAGGAGAUUGCAAAACCCUAAUGUUUGUCCAGAUCAGCCCAAGUGCUGCAGAUUUAGGAGAGACCCUUUGCUCACUGAACUUUGCCAGCAGAGUCCGGGGAAUUGAGUGUGGUCCUGUUCGUAAACAAGCAGAUCUCACCGAAAUUUUCAAGUAUAAGCAACUGGCAGAAAAGCUAAAGCACGAUGAGAAGGAAACCAAAAAAUUGCAGGAUAACUUGCAGUCACUGCAAUUAAAACUUGCAGCCAGAGAACAUAUCUGCAGAAGUCUUCAAGAGAAGGUUCGAGACCUUGAAAAUCAAUUAGCAGAGGAAAGGAAAACCAGAUUAAAACAGGAAACUAGGGCCAUUGCUGCUGCUUGUCCAAAACCUCCUGCCUCAUCAUCUUUAUUAAAACAACCACUGAAGACCAUAGCAGAGAAAAAGCCACCUUUACCCUCAAAACCGAGGAUGCCCUUGAGAAGAAUCUCCAAUUUCUUACCCCCACCAUCUCCAAUCCCACCCCACAAAACCAUGAGUUCCUCUUCCAUUCAUCCAGCUUCAACAGAUGACAAAGAAAACAUGCUCAGAACAACAGCUGCAGCAACCAAUACAAAAUCCUUUUUGCAACCAAGACGGACCUCCUUUGCUGUCAGACUUCCUCCAACAUCAACAGCUCAGGUUCUUCAGCCGAAGAGACGAGUCUCCAUUGCAACAUUCCGCCCUGAAUCGAACUCACACAUGACCACUCCCCUCAACACUCAAUUAAAGAGUAGAGGUGCAGUCGGCAGGCAAUCCUUUGUGAGGGACCCACAUAGGAUACGGCGUAUAUCAAGGAUUUUCUCUCCAUUGAGGAGGGCAUCUGGUGCAACAGUUCAGGCAACACCAACUGCCAUGAGAAGCAGUAGUAGAUUCAUGGGCCCAUCGAUGCAGGCAACACCAACUGCCAUGAGGAGCAGUAGUAAAUUCAUGGGUAGUCCUCCUAUGGAAGCAGGUUCAUUGAGGUCAAAGCACCCAGCAGUAAUUGCACUGCAAAGGAAACAGUUAGUGUGGAGUCCACUGACCAUGAGGGGCGGCAUGAGAAAUUACAGAAGGUCAUUAGUACCUUCUUGAUCACCCACUGGGGUAUGAAUGAAGUCUCAGCCUGUAUCAUCAAUUACACUAAAAUGACAAACCCUUUCUCUCCCAUCCAUUUUUCAAUUUUUUGUUCUUUUGGAUUUUAUUGCCAUUGUAUGCUUACUAAAAUCAACAGUUCCUUGUUGAAAUCUAGUCUCGGUUUCUUCGUUUCCCAUAAACAAGUGUUUCUAACAUUUGCGCUCUA